AUGUCCCAUUCCUUCGCUCAGGAGGAUCCCCACCCGAACAAGGAAAAUAGUAUCAUGUUCUGCACCCAGUCUAUGGAUAACGCGUCCGCUACACAGGGCUUGCUGGUGUCUGUUUUGAACAUCGCAAGGGGUGCCAGCCAGAGCUUCAACUUAGGCCCAGAACUUACUCGACUAAGGGCUUUCAUGCAGCCCAUGGAUCCCAUCCUGCGCUCGGCGGCCAUAUGCAGUUCGGAGGUUGUCCGCAAUGCCCAUAACAAGGCCGCUCACGAACAGCCUGGUGGUCAUCCCCAGAUGUUGGACGAAGACGACCGCCUGCAGACUAUUAUCCUUGCCGAUGAGCUUUGGAUGUACACUGUAUUGCUUCCAGAUGCAGCUGGAAAAGUAGUCUACGAACUACAAGGUGUUGCGGAUCAAGCCAAGAGGGUAGGAGUGUGCGAAGGCACCGAUCAGGACGACUGGUUGCCCCACGGCAUUGACUUUAUCAAAAGAAAAGCUACCACUUUUCAAGAGCACAACACCCCGUUUCUAUUUUUUGCAGUGGUCGAGGAUACACCCGAGAACAGCACGGUGCGCGCAGCGAACAAGCGGAAAUCGACCUGGUCGGACGGUGACUCUUCGUCGCCGGAGUUGCAGCAGCAAUCAUCUGAGGAGGAAAAGGAGGGUUCAGACGUGGCGCCAGCCGAGUCAGCGGCGGAUAGGGAUAGCGACAAGCCAGAAGGUGGGGACGAAGUCGACGGAGAGACGAUUCGAGAAGAGGUGCAGAGAAUACGGGCAACGCACAACUAUGACGCUUUCUUCACAGAGUUUUUGAAGCUGCUUGCGAGCAGAGGGGACUUAAACGCAAUGAUUCGAGCACAGUCCGAGUACGGCACGGGACCGGAGAGCGACAGGUAUGACGAUUGACGAAAUUCAAUCCCUUCUGUCGACGAGAAAAUUGUGUCGUGGGCACGCUUGGUCUUUUGGUUGGGUCAGGACCCGGACUGAGAAACGGAUCUGGAUAUCGAAGCAUGGCUUUGGCCUGCGGUUUGGCUUCCCGGUGGAGCUAAUGACAAGCUUCUGGAACGUGGCAAGAGAGAAGUGCAAUAAAAUUCAAGAUGAGGCGAUCCGCCAGUCUUUCCGGCCGCGGCGAUGUUGUGAAGUUGGGGUCUUGGCUACCUUUAGCUUCUGGUUUGAUCAUUCGCAAGAAUGCGGGACAUUCAAGUGCAGCAUGGAAUGACACGCCCGUAUAGUUUUCGUUUAUCUUAGGUUGCGAACACCGUCUGUGAUUCACGCCCUGAUUAUGCAAUCCUCUAUGUCAACAUAUCUGGGUGCGGUUGGCCUGUCACUUCGUUCAGUCGAGCGCACCAGAGCACUCUUGUCACAUGCCAUGAGCGACUGGACCUGGGACGGAUGAAGAGAGAACAAGAAGUGUACGGUACAGGUAUUGCUAUCCCUGAGACGUGAGGAGCCGGAAGUCUGUGGAUACCUUUGUGACGGUGCUUCGGAGCCUUAUGGGAAACGAAAGGGUGAGAAGGCAGGAGACGCGGUGGAGCAUGUUAGGCGUGCGUGGACUACGGUCGACAAAAGAAACUAGCGGGGCCAUGGAGGCUAUGACAGAGGCAUGGUUUGCUUCCACCGUGCUGCUCCAGUUGAAAAUCUUGUUGGCGAAGGCCGACGAGAUGCAUCCUUGGAGAGGGCAAGUAUGAAGGAUACAGUAGGCGUACGUGGUCCUGGUGUUCCUACAGUGCCGUUGAUGCGGAACGGUAAUUGUGAAGAAGAACGGUGGAUAACGCGCGUGCGAGGGUAAGGGGUCUCAUGUGCGGAAACUGGGAGAGGAUGUGAGGCUACUGAACGGCUGUUUGGGACCGCCGGAAGCAACGGGCCAAAUUCCAACUACACGUAUGGCUGACGGUUGGCAAUUCAAUCAAGUGCAUUUGCUGCGUCAAGGUGAGUGUCUCGGAGGGGAUGUUACGCUCUUUGAUGCCGAUACUUGUACCAAGUACCAAGGAGCCUUUGCAUCCACCGCUUUUUCUUCUCAUGUUUUUGUCCCUCAAAAACGUGCCGAACCUGCUCGAAUAGCUUUCGCGCAAACCUUGCCAGUCAUACUGUUCCGUUGGGUACCACAAUUCACCUCACCUUUCUUGUCAAUGUUUGACACAUCCUCUUCAUAAACUGUACCAAGGGUACACUCCAUCUGCA